UUUGAGGAAUUUGCUUACGCAUAGCGGGCCGUAAUCCAACAUAGAUCUCAAAGUCUGGCCAGUACUAGCCGUAGUGAUAAAAUUCAUUUCGAUAUCAACGUUACGGGUGCCUUUCAACCACUCGGAAGUCAUCGGGAAUCCGGAUAUCCGUGCCGCAUGGCUACUCCGCAAAUCGAGUCAGACGAUUGUUAAUCUAUAAAGGUGCCUUAACAUAAGUCUCUGAACCUUCCCGCGAACCAGAUGUCUGCCACAAAUUUCUGUUUCCCACUUCCCCCGGUCUUGGAGAACGAACGUGUGAAACUCGUGCGAUCUCAGAUCUCCGUCCACCCAAAGCUGCACGUCUAUGCCGCUUCUCCAGUUUCCUUCUAUGACUUCCUCCCUAUCGGCCCAUUUACGAAUGAGCAAGAACUCAUCACGUCCUUUUGGGAGAAAAGAAUCAAAAACGGCGCCGGGGAGACCGCAUUCGCCGUUUACGACAAGUCCAAGUCUGAACAUGCCUACGCGGGGAUCAUCACGUACAUCAACUCCUCCGCCGAGGAUCUAGUGACAGAAAUUGGCUUCGUGAUGAUCCUACCAGCAUUCCAGCGGACUCAUGUCACAUCUAACGCUGUCGGGAUCCUGAUGAAUUACGCGCUAAACCUUCCUAGUGUGGGAGCAGCGAAGAGGAUGGGAUUCCAGAUGGAGGGCGUAAUGAAGUGGGCCAGUGUCUGGCCGGAAGCAAAGAUUCGUGGGUCUGGAGGGGUGAGGGUCAGGAAGGAAGAUCCCAGGGGUGAAGAAUUCGCGUACGGACGUAAUGUAGCCGUCUUGAGUGUGUGUUGGGAUGAUUGGGAGGCGGAAGUGAAGGCGAAGGUGAAUGCGGAAAUGGUGAGGACAAAGUGAAGUCACAGAUUCGUUCGUAUAGAGUGUUGGGAGAUCUUACUUGCGGUGGUCAACUUUGUACAUGUGAAAGGCUGAUAUAAAUCGGUCCAGAGAUGUUCGCUAAGCGG